GAAUUUACUGGCCAUAUAGAAGUGUGACAAAAAUGAAAAAUUCUCGAAAUAUGAAAGAAGCGAAAAUAGAACAGUAUUUUCUUCUUUUCCUUCUGAGAUAAAAAAUUGUAUUUUAUUUUUAACAACUUUAUAACAAUGAAGAAUAAACUUGAUUUUCUUCCCAUCAUAGUAAUUCUGUUCGGUGUAGUCAGUGUCUGCGUCGGUGAAAACGUGAAGAAGAGCAUUGAUGAUAAUAGAGAUGACACCGGUGAUAUUAACGAUGAAGCUAAGGAUGAAUCUCUUGAUAUUCCUGUAGAAAAUGAUGCAAACCUGACGUGCACUAGGAGGCAAAAUAGCCAAUUGCAUGAAAUAAAGACUGCCACAUACAAACAAUUUCCCUUCAUGGCAAUGAUAAUGUCACAACAAAAUGAUUACUUGUGCUCAGGAGUCGUAGUCUCAAAUGGAUUAAUUCUGACUACUGCCAAAUGCACCGCGAUGCCUGUGAGCUAUGUGCUCCUAAAUGCGACUAAAGAUAAACUUGAUGAUACUACAACUAUGCUACAUGUCAUCAAAUCGGAAAAAUUCCCUACUUUUAGGGGUGUCGAAUCAAUUAAAGAUAUUGGAGUAAUUUAUACUGAGAAACAUAACAGCACUAUUUGUUCUAAAAUUCGUCUUAGCAACUUUACUAAUAUACGCAACAUAAUGGAUUUGGAAGCUGUUGGUUACGGUCUUAACACUGACAUUGGCGCCCCGAAACAAAUGCAGUACAUUGGCAUGGAACUUAGGUCACCAAUGGAAGGUGGAGAAAUCUUGAAAGCCUACUUUGAUUGCAUCGACACGAAAGUUCCUACAUGUUUCAGAGAUACUGGCAGUGCAGUAGUAUACGACAAUGAAUUAAUUGGGAUUGUAUCCCAAGGUCAAGAAGAAUGCACUAAAGAAAUGACUUCUACAUACGCAAUCAAUAAAAAAAUGGCUGAUAUAGUUCCAACCUUCACAUUUAAGGCAUGGCUCGACGAAAGAAUAAGAAAGAAUGAAGAAACCUUAACUGAGGAAUCUUUAUCAACAUAUCCACAUACGCCAGUAGUCGCAAAACGUCGAAUGUUGGAGCAAAUAUCCCCUGGUUCGGCAAAUCAGUUGGAGAGUCCACAUAACAUUUUUAUUGUAUUUUACCCUGUUUUAGUAUUUUCAACUUUCGUUUUAGUUUAAUUUAUAAUAAUGUACCUUUUUUAAUUGUGUUAUUAUCAAGUGUUUGUCAAAAUUUUCGUGAAUAUAGAUUGUU